CACCGCUGUCAGGCAACUUCAACGAUGUACAAUUAAGUAUACCAUGUUCAUUGUUUGAGCGCCUCUGUGUGUGAUUUUUAUUAUCUUUGAAUUUCGUGCAAUGGAUUAUGGUUUACCUGUGCCGCUUGGGAGAGUGCGUAAAGUGUAUACGUCGGAGAGUGAAAAGAAGUUAUAGGGAAUAUUCACUUACUUUCAUGGAGAACUUGUUAUGUAGGAAAGUGGACGUGAUAUGACACGAAGUAUUGUGCUGUUACCCUGUCGAAGACCGCGAAGGAAUUUACAAUUUUCUAGUAAUGGAUGUAAGAGCAAAGUAGUGGAUUCCUGAUACAUCAUUUUCAUCAGGCGUUGUAUAACUUCGAUUUGGUGGUGUUCUUAAUAAACCGUGUUGAGUGUACUGACAGUCAUCGGCACAAGGAGCUGAGUCGGAGUUAGGUGUACGAAACUUCCUUUCGAACUUCUUUUAGUCAUUUAUUAAUGACACCGAGAAAAAUCAGAGAUGCCACUGCUACAGCAGUUUGGAGCAAAUAGGAUGACAGAACUAAUGGAAGAAAAGUACAUUUAUGGAGAAUUGGAAUAUGGAACUUUCCCAUGAUUUGUUACAGCAACAGAUUUGAGGACAAGCAGUUUCUAUAGAAGCUGUGUCUAUUGAAACUGAAUGUUAUAAUGUGUAGCUGUCAAUGAUUGAGAUGUGGAAGGAAGUUUUGAAGGAACUGGUAGUGUAAAUUGUCUGAAUGAUUAACAUACAUAAAGGAGCUCAGUACUUCAUUCCUAUAUUUUCAUUUCUACGGUUUCUUAAAAGGGGAGCAAGCCCUGCAAGGGAGGGUAGCAGAAUGCUGGGCACCCCUCCAUCAUCUUGCCCCAUACGCCUGUGUGGAGUCACAGGAUAUGAUGGACGUGUAAACGAUAUCAUCUACUGUCAUCCACUUGUCAAAGCAGAAAAUAAUACUGCAGUUGUCUACUUUGGUGGCGAUGUUCAGGAUUUUCCAGAAAUUAUGGAGAACCACAGGGAAAACAAAAAUUAUGUAAAGUGGAAUCUUGAAAACACUGCAGUGCUGCUCCAAUCAUAUUUUCCUGAGAGCCAUGUUGUUGUUGUGCGGCCAUCUAGAUUGGCUACACCUAAACUUGCAACAUUCAUGGAUAUUGUCUCAGCAGACAUGGAUCAAAACAGAAUGGAGUUUAAGACAUUCAGCUGCUACGACAAUUUUGUGCCUUGCAACAACAGUGGUGCUCCUGAUCACACUCCAACGCAUCAUGCUCUCCAACAUCUUGAACGUUUAUUACAAGGUGUAUCACAGCGACUUCGAAAUGUUAAUCCCGCACAACUUGCAAGUGCUGGAAGCCCAGCAGCAAGUGUGGAAAAGGAGUCUAAAGAAAAUGAAGAGAACACACCUCCAUUGUGGUGGCAAGAAGGAAUCAAUUUGGAUAAAGCUAGUAUUAUUCUUAUAGGAUUCAGCAAAGGUUGUGUUGUUCUAAACCAAUUUAUUUAUGAAUUUCAUUAUUUAAAGACCCUAACACCUGAUGAUGACACGAUGAUGAGAAUUGUGACCAGAAUACAAGAUAUGUACUGGUUAGAUGGAGGCCAUGCCGGGGGUAAAAACACUUGGAUUACUUCAAGGAGCCUAUUGGAAACAUUGACCAGACUGGGUAUAGGCAUUCACAUCCAUGUAACUCCAUAUCAAGUGAAUGAUGACCGAAGACCCUGGAUAAGAAAGGAAGAAAAGACUUUUGGUGACUUACUAAGACGACUGGGAGCACCUGUUCAUAGAACUCUACACUUUGAAAAUCAAGUUGCAAGUUUGUGCACACAUUUUGAGGUCCUUUCUGUGUUUCGACAGACAGAUUAGUGAAGCAGUUUUACCUACAUUGCACAGCGUUAUGAAUGCAGACUGAUAUUGGUGUUAUACCUUUGAUACAAAUUGAUGAAAUGCCUUUCAGAUUCAAAAAAAGAUAAAGAACUUCAUUUGCCUUUAGUUAUGGCAUUGCACAUGAUGCCAGUUUUUUCAUUAAAUUAGAUGUCAAAGGAUAACACAGUGUUCAAGAGAAGAAAAUAGUGUACAAACAGUGAAUUGCUGUGGAAGAACAUUAUUGUUCUUGUUAUAGGACAACUUCAUGGUGCAAUUUAGUGUGUGAUAAGACAGUUUAAGUUAUAAAAAGUGCCAUGCCUUUGGUAAAUGAUUUUGGUUUAUGAAACAUUGUGCUUUAAUGGAUAUCUAUAAAAAUAAUACUUUCCAUUAUUAAUUUAAUAAAUGUAUCUGUCUGUACAGUA